AUGGGUGGCAGAUCAGGAAAAAACCGAGCUCUAGAUGAUCCUUUCUAUGGGGGUAUGCCACCACCUCCAGGACCCUAUCCACCAGGGGUUGAUCCAAGCGGUGGAUUAGGUGCAUAUGAUCCUUAUGCAGAACCUGGUUUAACAUACUCACCAGGUGGAGGAAUAGAGAGCAUGUAUGGAUCGCUAACGACACUUCAACCUCAGAAUUUAGGUGGCCGAUAUGCUCAAGGUUUUAAUCAAAUGCCUGGUAUAUCUCCGUGGAAUUAUGGAAAUUAUUAUUUGGGUAAUACGACAAUGCAGAUAAUGCCAUUUAUGUUAAACAAAGUAGCCAAAUUUGGACAGAUACAGGCAUUGUCUGCACUUGCUAAUGCUGGUUUAUUAGGUCCUGGAGCAAUGAUGUCACCUUUGUCAAUAAUGCCAAGUUUGCCAAUGGUACCUAGUAUGCCAGCUAUGCCCAGUAUACCAGCGGUACCUAGUAUGCCAGUGAUGCCAUGUAUGCCAAGUAUGCCAAUGGUACCUAGUAUGCCAGUGAUGCCAUGUAUGCCAAGUAUGCCAAUGGUACCUAGUAUGCCAGUCAUGCCAUGUAUGCCAAGUAUGCCAAUGGCACCAAGUAUGUCAAUGGCACCAAGUAUGCCAAUGGUACCUAGUAUGCCAGUCAUGCCAUGUAUGCCAAUGGCACCAAGUAUGCCAAUGACGUCUUAUAGCAUGCCUUCUUCAUUCAGUAUGCCAAUGGCACCAAGUAUGCCAUUGGCACCAAGUAUGUCAAUGGCACCAAGUAUGCCAAUGAUGUCUUAUAGUAUGCCUUCUUCAUUCAGUAUGUCAAUGGCUGCUCCAAUGAUGGCUGCUGCUACUCCAUUACCUGUUGCAUUUAAUCCAUUAGUUCAAGGUAUGUAUCCACCCGCAUCAACGAGUCCUGUUAACUGGAUGACUCCAUCAUCGUUUAUGUCUGCUUUGACAUCGGGUCCUAUGCCUUAUCGUCCACCGGCAUUUGAUUUUCCUAAUAAUGUGGGUAUGGUCAUGGCUAUUCCCUAUGGUACGCCAAAUCCUUUGCUUUCAUCCGCAGGUUAUGGUUCAUCAUAUAAUUCUGGUCUUGGAUCUUCUUGGUGCUCUUGGUCUUAUCCUAUGCCUCCAACAACAACACCUGCAUAUCCAAUGAUUAGUUAUUAUCCCCAAUCAUAUCCUCCUGCAUGUCCUGUUGCAUGUCCUGUUGCAGCUCCCGUUUCUUCAGGACUACCUUUUAUUCACAAAAUAACACUUCCAUUACCUGGAUCUGCUGGUACGACAACCAUGCGAGCUGGUUAUAAUCGACCAUUACCUGCACGAAGGGAAGCUCCACUUUUAACAUCACAAGGUGCCGUUACGGAUGUUGGUUUAAUGGAACCUGCAGUAAUGGCACUCAAUAGUAGUUCAUCUACAUCUAAAAUAAUAACUAAUCAAUCAACAAAAGGUUCACUACCAGUUUACGAUGCAAAAGAUCAAUCUCAACUUUUAAUAGGUCGAAAACUUACAUCCAGUCAAUCUAAUCUUGCGGUAAACAAUAAUGAACGUCCAGGAAUCACACCAAGCAAACUCAAAUAUCGAAAUAAAUCCCGACAAGGUCAUGAUACUAUAUCCAAUCGUCUUCGUCGUCAUCUACCAUCAAUAUCUCAUUUCAAUUUCAAUUUAGCUUCAUCUCAACCUCGUAGUGAACCAGUUUUACCGCCUAUACUGAAUGGAUAUCUUAUAUCUGAUUCUGGUUGGUUACCAAAAGCUUCUUCGUCUUAUACAAUAUCAUCUCUAUUUGGGAAUAAAAAACGAAAACGAUUAACAUAUACAAUUGACAAUAGUACAUCAGUAGUUCCUUCAACGAAUACUCAUAUAUCAUUUGUUCCACGACGACGUCAUAAAUCAAAUUCAUCGGCAUCCGAAUAUGAUUGUGUUAUAUGUCAACAACAACGUGAAAAACAUCGUUUACGUGAACAUUUUGAUUCAUCAACUGUUUCAUCAUUAUUAUCAACAUCAAAAGGAUAUUCACCAACAUCAUUUAAACCAGGUAAUCAUAAAUCACAUCGUCGUCAUCCAACAAGAAUUAAACAUGAUACUAAAACACCAUCAACAUCAUCAAAAAAAUCAAAUUCACCAAUAUUACUUCGACAAUCACCCAUACUUGAACAACGACAACAUGGUACAAUACAUGAAGUAACAGAAAAUGAUAUGGAAGAGCAAGAAAUAGAAAACAAUUUUGUUGAUGAUGAUGAUGAUGAUGAUUAUAUUGAUGAUACAAAUGUGGCAAAACUUGAUCAUGAUGAAUCACAAACUAGCUUAAGAUCAAUAGAUGAAUAA